GUGGGGUCAAUUCCUACACUUUAAGCCUCAUUUUUCGGCUUUGUUCGAUUUAAGAACCCGGGUCAGUUUUCACAUUCUGUGAAACUUUUUAUUUGAAAUCGAAAUCUCUGAAUUUCUCGAUAACUGUGUGCUUAAGGGAAGCAAUCGGAAAGGGAAUUUAAAAGACGCUGCUGUAUUAGGGACGCAUCGAUGCGACUGCAUUAGGAUACUCGCUCGUAAUAUCGAGGACGUGUGAUUUACAGUAAAUAAACUCUAGUGUGCUCAAUCUGUUAGUUGAAAUGAGCUCGGUGAAAGUCACUCCUGUGAUGCCAAUCCCAAAGAGAGUCAACGGGUUCUCCAUUGAUUCAAUCAUGCGGAAAGACAGCGACCGCCCGCCGGCAUCUUCCGGUGACGAGAGCGACGCCGAGAGCUCCGAGGACGCCGCUCCCCACCGACCGUCCUCACACGGAGACUAUCAAGCGCAUGCCCAAUCCGUCGGCGCCCGCAUCCCUCCGCUGCAUCCUUCACUUCCGGCACAUGUUCAACAUUUGUUACUUAGAGACUCUCAGAGCGGAAGGGGAGGCUCGGAUCUCCUAUCGUUAAGAGCACAGGCUCUGGCGUUUGGAUCUGCGAACUUUUCUGGACUACCUAAUUUAGGAUUUGGCUCACCACCAGGCCUUCAUAGUUUUACGACACAGUUUGCGGCUCCGCUUGGAAGUAUUCCGGGUGGCCUUCCCCCACAUCCGGGUCUCAUUGCCGCUGCGGCGGCUAUGGGCCGGGAUCCACUCAGCAUGUACCCGCCUUGGAUGCUCAAUAAGCAGACGCCAGGAAUUUUCGGGUACCCUUUUGGUCAUCCAGACGGCGGACUAUUUUUCCAUCCCUACCGGAAGCCGAAGCGCAUCCGGACCGCGUUCUCCCCCUCCCAGCUUCUGAAGCUCGAGCACGCGUUCGAGAAGAAUCACUACGUGGUCGGUCAGGAGCGGAAGGAACUCGCCUCGAAACUGAACCUCACAGAAACCCAGGUAAAAGUAUGGUUCCAGAAUCGUCGGACGAAGCAUAAACGUGUCAAAUCGGACGAUGACGACGAUGAUGACGAAGAGGGUGGCGGUGACAUUUCCGUGGACGACGAUGAGCCAGAGCCCACUUCCGGGAGCGCGAAUACCGAGUCACAUACUGCGAACUCAUCGGAAAUUUACAAGCAAUGAUAUUAAGUUUAAUACUGACUUGUUUGAGGGAGACGGAAUCGAAAACGAACAUUACUUUGGAAGUCGUGUUGUGUCCGCUGAACUGUAGUGGAUAAUACGAAGUCGCGGUAUAUGGUCAAAGUUGAACGUUUGGAAAUAAAUUAAGUUUUAAUAUUACUUCGCAGUCUUGAAUCCCACAAUCAGUGAAAUGACUAAAAAGCUCUCGUUGCAGUCAACAGAAGGGGACCAGCGCCGUUGGAGCAACAACAACAAACGUCACGUGGUCGUAAUUAUGCUCUAAAUGCAAAUGACUGUGGAAACGUCUUUUUACAUAUACAUUUGUGACAAGGUCUGGACUGAGUCAAACGGACCUGGCACGGCUCAAGAGUCAAUCGUUCAUGCUUUCAUUCAAGGAAGAUUGUAUUUUGCUACUUAUAUCUAUGUUUUAUCCCAUCAUGUCGCCUGCAUCGACGAAACAUCCGUGGCAUAAACUUAGCAUUAUUUCCACACGCGCAGUCUAUAGUGACGUCAUUUUGUUACUUUUCAUGACGUCAGUUAGAUUUCAUUAUGUGGUGUUGUUUUUCUUCAGCGAUUUAAGUUUGUAUUGUUUUGACAAUAAAGGCAAGGAAAUGUGACAAUAAUAGGAUAAAUACAACACUGGCUAAGGGUUGAAUUAAUAAACGUCAAGAAGCUCGACACACCUGUCAGAGCUAUUAUCCAAGGCUGUUGGCUUUAGAUUUUCGACGACACGCUAAAUAUAAGUAUUUGUACUCUCUUUUCAACACUAGCCUGUCACGAUAUUGGCUAUACUGCUGUCGAUAAAGUUUCCCAUGGUUGAUCCGAAGAGAAGCUGCAUAUGGUCUUUGUAACGUAUGCACUAUAUUGCCGCUGUUUUUGGUUUAAAUUUGACACUGCGACCGGAAGUUGUACUUCGAGACGUUCGAUAACUAUAGUUAGCCCGUAUGAUUCCGGUCUCUGGUUUCGUUUUCACCCAAGACGUUGAAAGAUGUUUGCUCUAGUAAAUGUGUUUUAUGUUCAUCUUUGUUUAUUGUGCGUAUAAUGAGAAAUAAUAAAAUACA